UGGACAGACUGGUAUUUCUGGUGUUCAACUAACUUUGUGUUAUAGUGUGGUUACCGAGUCUUCCUCUUUUUUUCUCCCUAAACUGUUUACAUUUCAUCUAUAAAAACUCAUGUAAACUAUUUGGAACGUCUGCGCUUUAUUUUGUAACAGUGUGCUUUUCUUUUCGUUUCCUAUUAAGUGAAAAUAUGCUUGACAUUUUAAAGACAGGCGAAACAAUUUGGCUUCAGCUCGACCCAUCUCCUGAAUUAUGUAAUAGUUGUAAAAGACCGCCUACCCUUUCUUUUGCUAUGUGGCCAUUUACGACUGGUGGACAGGAAAGGGCAGCUGAACGAAAGUCGCCACUCGACCAGAAUCAACUCAAGCCUAAUUUUAAACGCUAAAAGCUUCAUUCGCAGUAUGUAACUAUGUCUUUGGAACCCUGUGAAGAAACUGCGGAACACUCCGCUUUGCUCAAGCUCCUCUCUGCACUGUUUUAUGCCGGAAGUUCGUUUCUUAUUACUGUAGUGAACAAAACCGUGUUGACAACUUUCAGAUUUCCCUCCUACUUGUGUCUGGGAAUUGGACAGAUGAUCACCACUGUUAUUGUUCUUUAUGCGGCCAAAAAGAGCAAAACGGUGCAGUUUCAAGAUUUCGACAAGAAUGUUCUCUUAAAAAUUUUCCCCCUCCCUUUGCUGUACGUUGGGAACCAUGUUACAGGCCUGGCAAGCACCAAAAAACUCAGUUUACCCAUGUUUACAGUUUUGCGGAAAUUCACUAUAUUGAUGACAAUGAUCUUGGAAGCGUAUAUACUAAGAAAAACAUUUCCAAAGCGUCUUGUGUACAGUGUUGUAACCAUAGUAUUUGGUGCUAUGAUUGCUGCAAGUUCAGACCUGGCCUUUGAUGUGGAGGGCUAUACAUUCAUCCUGCUUAAUGAUGCAUUCACUGCUGCCAGUGGAGUGUACACCAAGAAGAAACUUGGUGAUAAGGGUCUUGGGAAGUAUGGGGUCCUGUUUUACAAUGCAUUAAUAAUUGUCAUUCCUACUGUCUUGGCAAGUGCGUUUACUGGAGAUUUACACAAGGCAGUCACAUUUGAAGACUGGGUGAAAGGCACAUUUGUCUUUUGUUUCCUUAUUUCAUGCUUAAUGGGGUUUGUGCUGAUGUAUUCCAUCGUCCUCUGCAGCCAUUAUAACUCAGCACUUACAACCACAGUAGUUGGGGCAGUAAAGAAUAUUGCAGUGGCCUAUAUUGGCAUGUUUGUGGGUGGAGACUACCUGUUCUCUUGGACUAAUUUCCUAGGCCUCAGCAUUUGUAUGUCAGGUGGACUAAUGUACUCAUAUAUGACCUUCAACAAGAAACCAUCUGGAAGUGACACAGGAGCACAAAAGCUGAAGCUUCAGAUCUCCGAGGAAUCAGCAGGAAAGUACUCUAAGGUCUAAAGGGAUUUCACCACUUGGUGGCGCUGAUCUGCUCCAUAUUGGAGCAUGAUAUUACUUCAGCACUUAUGUGCAUUAAUAAGCAAAAAAAUAAAAUCAAUAAAAUGCUUUCCAAAUAUA